CAGAAAUUCCUACCAAUAAAAUAAUUCCUAUUCUUUUCUGGCUAUCAUAAUAUUGGGUUUUCUAAUGCUUUUUUUCUUCAAUGAUAAUCCUGUGUUUACAUUCGUGUGAUAUACCAUGCCUUUAGUAAUAAUACAGUGACGGAUAAUUGAAUAUCGACAAUGGCAUCGGGGUUAGAAAGCUACGUGAAUCAUACAGUUUCGAUUAUUACUUCGGACGGUAGAAAUUUUAUUGGCACAUUAAAAGGAUUUGAUCAAACAAUUAAUAUUAUAUUGGAUGAAUCACAUGAGAGAGUAUAUAGCACAACGCAAGGUGUAGAACAAGUUGUUUUGGGUUUACAUAUCAUCAGAGGAGAUAAUGUAGCAAUUGUGGGAGAACUAGAUGAUGAAAUGGAUGCGCGUUUAGAUUUAUCAGCUAUUAGAGCUGAUCCAUUAAGCCCUAUAACACAUUGAAGGUAUACAUUAUAUGAAAUAUUUGAAUUAUAAGGGCAAAUAUGUUUGUAUUUAUACAGAAGAUUAAUUCUUGGAUGACUACAUAAAUGCCCAUGUUUUUAUAAUCAUAUUUAAUAUACUUGUAUUUAAAAAAUUUUGCAGAGCAAAUACACAAUUAUGUACAUUACUAAAAUAAAGCAAAAAGUAACAUCCUAUAUGAAUUAACUGUACAAAUAUCUUAUGAUAUAAUAAACUACGUUUUUUCAUAAAUGUAA